CUGGCCUGAAAACACGACCCGCACCUUCGUCAUCACACUCAUCAUGUUCCGUCUUGCCACUGUGAGUCGGGGCGUCCCUUUCUCACUCAUCCUCAUGGUCAGGAGAGGCAAAUGGGGAGAGAAAGAGAAGCGCGAUCCGGCCACGCGUCGGACUCUUACGGCCCUUGCAGCGCACGGGCUCAUACUCUGCUGGAUGGUCCUGGUGGGGGGAAACAAACCAGGUUACGAUUGUCUGCCUAUAGCACAGCUCUACUCCGUAGUACGGCUUGGCUGGAUUCGGUGACAAGGGU